AUGGCUCCUCAGCUUCCUACUCGCAAACUCGGCAAAAAUGGCCCUGAAGUGACCGCCCUGGGCUUCGGUGCGAUGGGCCUGUCUGCGUUCUACGGUGCAACGAAGCCCGAUGAAGAACGCUACGCCCUGCUUGACCACGUCUACGAGUCUGGCGAACGUUUCUGGGACAGCGCCGACAUAUAUGGGGAUAACGAAGACUUGCUGGGUCGAUGGUUCAAGCGCAACCCUGGAAAACGUGAGACCAUCUUCCUAGCCACAAAGUUCGCCAACUACGUUAAUCCCGCCACCGGCCUGAGAGAAGUUCACAACGAGCCGGAAUACGUCCGUCAGGCAUGCGACCGCUCCCUCCAGAGGCUCGGCGUGGAUUAUAUCGACUUGUACUACGCCCAUCGAUUGGACGCCAAGCAGCCCGUCGAGAUCACUGUCAAGGCCAUGAAGGAGCUCAAAGACGCUGGCAAGGUCAAGUAUCUGGGCAUGAGCGAGUGCUCUGCGGAGUCGCUGAGAAGGGCGUGCAAGAUUGUUCACAUUGACGCCGUGCAGAUGGAGUACAGUCCUUUCUCGCUGGAAAUCGAGGACCCGCAAUACAACUUGCUUCAGACUGCUAGAGAACUCGGCGUUGCGGUCGUGGCAUACUCACCUCUCGGACGAGGCUUCUUGACGGGUUCCAUCAAGAGCCGCAACGAUCUCGAAGAAGGAGAUUUCCGCAGACUCGCGCCGAGAUUCAACGAGGAAAAUUUCCCCAAGAACUUGAAGCUGGUCGAAGAUAUCAAGGCACUGGCUGAUGACAAGGGUUGCACUCCUGCACAACUGAUCCUGGCAUUCCUGAUGGCUCAAGGGGAUGAUAUCAUUCCGAUCCCCGGUACGACAAAGAUCAAGAAUUUCGAUGAAAACAUGGGAGCCUUGAAGGUGAAGAUCACGCCCGAAGACAACGAGAAGAUCAGAAAGGCAAUCACUGCAGCGGAAGUUCAUGGCGAACGGUAUCCCGAGUCAUUCUCGAAGAGCUUGUUUGUGACCACGGUGCCGCUGAAGGAGUAA